AUGUCCCCUCGUUAUCCCCCAUCUCUAUUGCUCGCUCACCUCUGGGUGCCCUCUCCCCCUAACCCUUCCCCUCUUCCAGACCCCUUCGUGGUGCAGUUCUCCACCAGCUGCGAGCAGCCCCCCAACGGCAUCGCGCGGCCGUUCUGCGACGCGGCCAUGGACGGCCAGGACUGGGUCAGCUUCGCCGUGGACACCGGCAGGUGGGUGGCGCGGCGGCAGGACCCGCUGGCGCGCAGAACCGCGGAGGUGCUGAACUACAACCGGGUCGUGGCCGUCAUGCUCCAGUUCCUGCUGGGAUCAACCUGCCCUCAGGAGCUCAGGAGCUUCGUCCAGCACGGGAACGCGUCCCUGGAGAGGAGAGGUCUGGAAGUGCAUCAGAGCCCCCGCGCCUUCCAGACGUCUUCUGGCGACACCGCAAUACUCAGCUGCUCCUUUGAGUUCCGACAAGGCAACGCAGCCAAAGUGACCUGGACCAGAGGGCUGGGAGACGUGGUCGUGCUGGAGUCUGCCCACCCCUUCUACAAGGGGCGGCUCAACAUGUCCGGUUUGCGUCUGCUCCAGAAAGGGGAGGCCGUGCUGACCCUGCGGGACCUGGAGCCGCGGGACUCUGGCCUCUAUCGGUGCCACAUCAACAUCCACCAGGGAGACAGCGGGACAGGACAGGGCACCGAGCUUAGCGUGACGGGGAGGAACCAGAGUGACCCAGAUAAAGAAUGUAACCCCACGAAGUGUGAUGCCCAGGAGGUCCUGUGCCCGGCUGCUAUUGCCCUGGGACUUCUCCUCAUCCUCAGCCUCAUCCUGGUGGUCGCCCUUCUCCUGAAGAGAUGCCGAGCGCUGCCCUGCUCACAGCCGUGCCGGCGGGAGACCCAGGGCCAGGGCAGUCGGGAGACCCAGGACUUGCACUACACAGAGAUUAUAGUCAAGACUCCAAGUCGCACGGAACAAAUUUCCAGCCACGUCCAGCGGCGCUGAGUCCAUCUGCCCCCAGAACCACCUGAGUCCCUCUCACCCAGCACCUUGCAGCCACGAGGGACUUCCCCAGAGGAGACGGCAUUCAUGUGGCGUGAGGGACAGUAGAAGAAAAUUAUGGGAGUGCAAGCCCAUGUGAACCCCAACAAAACCUGACUUGCCCUUCCUACUGCAUCGUUUCUGGGUGAGAAAAUCUCUUUGGGACCUUCCAAACCAGGGGAUCAUCUAUGACGGCUUGGUUUUACCUCAGGAAAUGCCUCGUCUGGUACCUCCUCCAGCUAUAUCACACUCCUGUGUGUUAUUUCCCCAUCCUCUUCCCAGUGACUUUGGCCUCCCUACCAAACACAAGCAGGUGGUUGCAAUUAACAAGGCACCCGGUCCCUCCUAACUCAGCAUGAAGAGUCCUCCGGGCAUUUUGGUCAGGGUGGAAUUGGUUUGAGCGGCUGACAUGUUGGCUCCCGGAGGCUGGAGUUGCUCAAAGAACAUGUAUUUUUUGAUCUAACAUUUAAAUAAUUUCUCUGUGUGAAAAUCUGUUUUCUGAGAUUUUUAAAAUGCGGUUUGGUGAUCACUUGUUUUCUCCAGUUCUUAAUGUUGUUUCUUCCCUCUCCUUGCUGUACAAUUUCUUGUUCAAAAACUCACCUGUUGUGUC